UCUGCCUGCUGUGAUUUCAGCCUCACUCAGAGACAAAAUGGCUUCAAAACUGGAAAAAGAUUUCUGCUGUUCUGUCUGUCAGGAAGUGUUUAAUAAUCCUGUUGUCCUGUCAUGUAGCCACAGCUUCUGUAGAGACUGUCUGCAGAGGUGGUGGAGAGAGAAACGAACACGCGAGUGUCCACUCUGUAACAGAAGAUCUUCAAAGCCAGAUCCACCUUUAAACCUGGUGUUAAGGAACCUGUGUGAGAGUUUGUUACAGGAGAGAGAUCAGAAAGCCUCAGGGGCUCUCUGCAGUCUGCACUCUGAGAAACUCAAACUCUUCUGUCUGGACCAUCAGCAGCCGGUGUGUCUCGUCUGCAGAGAUUCAGAUAAACACACCAACCACAGAUUCAAAACCAUUGAUGAAGCAGCACGACAACACAAGGAGGAACUUCAGGAAACUCUGGAGUCUUUAAAGGAGAAAUUAAAGUUUUCUGAACAUGUUAAGGAGGAAUGUGAUCAAACAGCAGAACACAUUCAGGUCCAGGCCCGACGCACAGAGAGGCAGAUUAAGGAGCAGUUUAAGAAGCUUCACCAGUUCCUAGAGGAGAAAGAGGAGGCCAGGAUGGCUGCACUGAAGGAGGAAGAGGAGCAGAAGAGUCAGAUGAUGAAGGAGAAGAUGGAAGCUCUGAGCAGAGAGAUAGCAGCUCUUUCAGACACAGUCAGAGCCACAGAGGACGAGCUGAGAGCUGAAGACGUCUCAUUCCUGCUCAACUACAAGGCUGCAGUGGACAGAGUCCAGCAGAGCCCCCUGCUGGAUGAUCCACAGCUGCCCUCAGGAGCUCUGAUAGACGAGGCCAAACACCUGGGCAACCUGACCUUCAACAUCUGGAACAAGAUGAAGGACGUGGUCUCCUACACUCCUGUGAUUCUGGACCCAAACACUGCUGAUUCAUGUCUAACGCUGUCUGAAGAUCUGACCAGUGUGACACCAGGACAGAAACAGCAGCUUCCCGAUAAUCCAGAGAGAAUAAAAUACUGGUCUGUCCUGGGUGCUGAGGGCUUUAACUCAGGGACUCACAGCUGGGAUGUCGACGUUGGAUACAGUAAAGGCUGGUCACUGGGUGUGUUAGCAGAGUCCGUCCAGAGGAAGGAACCAAUACAGUCUGGAUUAUGGACAAUACGGUUCUGUGGAGAGAAAUACAGAGUGUUCUCCCCACCAGAUCCAGAAACUGUUCUUGUAACGUGGCAGCAGUUCCAGAGAAUCAGAGUGAAUCUGGACUGGGACAGAGGAAAACUGUCAUUCUUUGAUCCUGAUACUAACACACACAUACACACCUUCACACACACGUUCACUGAGAGACUGUUUCCAUUUAUAAAAACUGUGAUUCUCCCACUGAGGGUUUUAUAAUUGUUAUUUGGCAACCCAGCUGACUAUCAUAUAGGCAUACAUUGAGAUUUUGUUUGCAAUAAUGUUAAACAGUAAGUGAGAAAGGUUAAGGUUAGUCAGCUAGAUGUAAUUUGGCUACGCUGUGUUGAUGGCAUUGGUUGCUUUAUAACAUUAGCUGAUAAAGUAAUUUACCAAUGACAAGAUACCCAAUUUACCAGUCAAAUAAUUCCUGGAGUCUGGAUGAACGAGUUUUUAUUCACCCAAAGAGAGUAUUUUGCAAAGUUAGCUAGCUAGCAACUCGUCACCAUUAGCAAUUAAGCCAACCUUUGUUAAUUUUAGCUAGCUAAAACGAAAAUAGUGAAACUGAUAUCUAAGAUAACGUUAGCUGUUGUUGCACACCAUUAGCUGCCUGACUUAAUUUCCUAGCUAAUGUUAGCCAGUGUUGGACGCUUAGAGCUGUUGUGGCGCAAAAUUCAUCGUGGGUAGGCUAUGUGGAAAUCAGUCCACAGGCUUUUACACUCCAUUUUUAGGUCACAUCAAUGUGUUCAUCCUUUGUUAAUUAAAAAAAAACAAACAAAACAAAAAAACAUAAUAAUGUUGCAUGUGUAAAGUUACAGUACCAACGUUUAUUUGUAUUUGAACAACUGGUAAAACUGAGUUGUUUAUUGAUGUUUACAUUGUUAAAGGGAUUUUUUUUCAUUACAUUUUUUGUCCAUUGUAAUUCAUUAUGUGUUUCUGCUCAGCUGCACUCAGCAGCUAGAAAAUGAGAUUUAUGCCUCGUCUGGAAACUGAAAGUGUCUCAUGAGGCAGAACUUGAUGGCAUUUUUGUUUUUGAUGUGUUUUAAUGUUGUAACUUUAAAAUAUAAGGGCUGAAGAGUUGCAGUUAUAGUCGUAAAACUAACUGUUCAAGUCAAAGUAUUUUGAAGUGUUGUUUUGUACAUCAUGCCUCAGUCACACAGUCAUGGAAACCUGCUGUGAGGCACUUUCCUGUCACCAAAGCUUGAUUGGGUCCAGUACAUUAGCGUACUUGUACCUCCCUAAACAACAGCUGUUUUUUCCCCUGAGCUUUCAGCUGCAUCUCAUGGUCUUUAUCAGUUAAUAGAGUUUAUUCUCUUUCCGUGGAAGUAGUGUUGAAUAUACCAGUUUGAUUUGCUACAGCACCACUUAUCACCGCCUAUCUAUAAUUUUAACAGAUGUUAGAAUUCAUGUCUUAACAUGUUCUUCACCAAAAUAAAUCCGUAACAUUAACAGUU